AUGCUUCUUCUAUGUUUGCGACUGAAUGGUCAUCGACUUUUACAGUUCUAUGAAAUUUGUAUGAUCAAUCGUGAAUCAAUGUAUCAAUCAUUGAAGAGUGAAUUAGCCAAUGUACAUCAGAAAAUGUUAACAAUUAGUGAUUAUGUUACUUUUCUUCAUGAAAUUCAACGUUAUAUUCCACUAACACGUACCAUUUUUCAACAUGCAUCAUCAUCGUUACCUUCUUCUACAGUUUGA